UAACACGUAGUUCAGUCCCAGUUGCCUCUGUUUCUCACUCUGUCUCGGCGUCAUGGACUCUGAAGAAGCUCCGGGAGUAGUCGAAAUGUUCUUCUUCCCCUUCGUGGGCGGAGGCCACCAAAUCCCAAUGAUAGACACAGCCAGAGUGUUCGCAUCCCACGGCGCCAAAUCCACCAUAAUAGCCACACCCACUAGCGCCCCCCUGUUCCAAAAAACCAUUUCCCGUGACCAACAAAUCGGCCGCCAAAUCUCUAUCCACGCCCUCCGAUUACCGCAAGACGCUGUCUCGCCAGACGCCGACAUGUCCGCCACCCCUUUCACCGACACCUCAGUCCUCCAAGAGCCUCUCAGGCUCUUACUUCUUGACCGCCGGCCCGACUGCAUCGUCGUUGACUUGUUUCACCGCUGGGCGGCUGAGCUCAUUGACGGGCUCCGAAUUAAAAGGAUUUUGUUCACUGGAGGCGGGAUCUUCUCUCGCUGUGUCAUGGAGAAUGUAAGACGGCACACACCGCACGAGAAGGUGGGUUCGGACUACGAGCCAUUUCUGGUGCCGGGUCUUCCUGAUCGGAUCGAGUUGACGAGGUCUCAGCUUCCGCCUUUUGCUAGAGAGAAUUCUGAGCUUGUUAAUAAUAUGCGUAAAGGAGAGGAGACGAGCUUUGGGUCUCUGAUUAAUAGCUUCUACGAGUUGGAGCCAGCUUACGUUGAGUAUUUCAGGAAGGAGAUGGGAAAGAAGUCUUGGAUUGUAGGACCAGUGUCUCUAUGCAACAGAAAUGUCGCAGACAAGGCUGAGAGAGGCAAACAAGCCUCCAUUGAUGAGCAAAGUUGCUUGAGGUGGUUGGAUGAUAAAGAACCCGACUCUGUUCUUUACAUCAGUUUCGGGAGCUUGGCUCGCUUUUCACCUCAACAGCUCCUCGAGAUUGCUCACGGUCUCGAGGCUUCCAACCAUCCAUUCAUUUGGGUGGUCGGAAAGAUCUUCAACAAAUCGGAGGGAACACGUGAAGAGGAAGAAAAUUGGCUUCCCGACGGAUUUGAAGAGAGGAUUAAGGAAUCAAAGAGGGGAUUGAUAAUAAGAGGGUGGGCGCCGCAGUUGUUGAUACUGGAGCAUGCUGCAGUGAGAGCGUUCAUGACUCAUUGUGGGUGGAAUUCUACGUUGGAGGGAGUGAGUUCCGGCGUGCCGAUGAUCACAUGGCCUAUCUCUGCGGAGCAGUUCUUCAAUGAGAAACUGGUGACUGAUGUGUUGGGCAUUGGGGUUCGAGUUGGGAGCGUGGAGUGGAUGUCGUUUAAUGUUGAAAAGAAGGCGUUGGUGGGGAGGGAGAAGGUGGAGGUGGCCGUGAAAAGGUUGAUGGGUGGUGAUGGUGCUGCUGAGGCCGUGGAGAUGAGAAGGCGAGCUAGAGAGUUUGCAGAGAAGGCCAAGAGAGCUGUUGAAGAAGGUGGAUCUUCGUCUAAGGAUGCUGACGCGUUAAUUGAGGAGCUAAAAUCCUGCAGGAACGAGGCUUGAAAGGGGAUUUUUUUUUUUUUUUUUUUUACCUUUUAACGGAGAUUGAGAAAAUAAUCCGAUUAAUUAUGCACAUUAUAUUUUCGAUAAAA